CCACGCCUCUCUUUUCUCAGUUCCUUUGGUCCACCGACAAUCCAUCCCUUACUCCUCGACCUCUCUCCAAAAGCUUGUCUUCCAUCACCACGAACCCCUCACUCGAGUCAUUGGAACCUAACCAACCUUACGCAAAACACGCGCAACACCCAACCCAACCCUCACCCUCCAAACAACACCCCAGCAAGCAAGCAACCAACCAAGAAAACCACAAACAAAAAGGCCAGAAACAAAAAAAGAAAAUGUCCUCCAACGUCGGCCUCACCACCCCCCGCGGCAGCGGCACGUCAGGAUACGUCCAGCGCAACCACGCAUUCAUGAAGCCGCGGACCGCCGGCUACGGGGCGCCGUAUCCGCCCGUGUCCUCGGGCGCCAACGGCAUCGACCCCGGGCGGCCGUUCAAGCAGCGCAUGCCGGAUCAGCAGAUCCUGGAGCAUGAUCGGCGGCGGGCGGUCGAGGUGAAAGUGAUGGAGGAGAGGGAACGGUUGGAGGAGGAGAAUGAGCGGAUUGAGGAGGAGUUGGAGCAGGCGGGGGGAGAUAAGGAUGGGGAGGCGGACGCGAAGGGGCAGAGGGUGUUGACGGAGGAGGAGAUCGAUGAGCGGUGCGAGGCGCUGCGUGAGAAAUUGCUGAAGGAGCUGGAGAGUGAUGAGGCGCAGGACGCGCGGGGCCAGCAGUCGAGUGGCGCCAGGAAAGGAGGUCGUGAUUUGCCGCCGAAGGAGAGGCGCCAGUUCAAGUCGUAUCAGGUGCAUGAGCAGGCUGAGGCGAAGAUUGAGGAGAGCGAGCGGCUACGCAGGGCGUUGGGGAUUAAGGAGGAUAGAGAGACCGGGGAGUUGUCGAGUGGGCGGGGAGGGAACUUUGAAGGGAGGAAGAGGGAGUGGGAUCGUGAGCGGUAUUGA